CUUGACCCCUCCCUCCCUCGCGGCCGCGCUCCUCGACUCCCCGACGCAAAAUCCACCCCGUGGGCUAGCCGCCGCAGCCGCCCGCCGGGAUAGCUAGGCAGCCAGCAGCUAGCGCACGCGCUCCCCUCGCCUCGCCUGCCUCCCCAAACCCAACUCCACCCCCGUCCCCCUCGCGCGCCGCAUCACCCACCGCCCCUCCCGCGGCGGCGUCGUCCAGCCCCGCCCCGGGCGCUGGCCGACGAGGCCGGCGGCAUGAAGCCGCGGGAGCUCCUGGAGCGCCUGGCGCGGCCCUUCUCCUCGCGCCGCUCCUCCUCCGAGUCCCGCCGCGAGAAGGAGGAGGAGGCGGACCUGGAGGCGAUCGCGGCGCGGGAGCAGCGCGCGUUCCCGUACGAGGCCCUGGCGGCGGCGACGCGGGGAUUCUCGGAGAAGAACCGGCUGGGCCAGGGCGGGUUCGGCCCCGUCUACCGGGGCCGCCUCGAGGACGGCCGCGAGGUCGCCGUGAAGUGCCUCGGCGCCGGGUCGCGGCAGGGCGCGCGGGAGUUCCGGAACGAGGCCACGCUGCUGUCGCGGGUGCAGCACCGGAACGUCGUCAACCUCAUCGGCUACUGCGCGCGCGGCGCCGAGGACAAGCUGCUCGUCUACGAGUACGUGCCCAACGAGAGCCUCGACAAGAUCCUCUUCCCCCCCGCCUCCGGCCACUCCAGCAGCAACAGCCACCGGUUGCGGCGCGCGGAGCUGACCUGGGCGCGGCGGCACGAGGUGGUGGUGGGCGUGGCGCGGGGCCUGCUGUACCUCCACGAGGACGCGCACACGCCCAUCAUCCACCGCGACAUCAAGGCCAGCAACAUCCUCCUCGACGAGCGGUGGGUGCCCAAGAUCGCCGACUUCGGCAUGGCCCGUCUCUUCCCGGAGGCCGGCGACGGCCGCUCCCGCGUCCACACCCGCGUCGCCGGCACCAACGGCUACAUGGCGCCCGAGUACCUCAUGCACGGCGACCUCUCCACCAAGGCCGACGUCUUCAGCUUCGGCGUCGUCGUCCUCGAGAUCGUCUCCGGCCGCAAGAACUCCGCCUUCAUCCCGCCCCCCGACUCCGAGGCUGACAGCCUCCUUGAAUACGCGUGGAGGCUGUACAAGAAGGGUCGGAGCCUGGAGUUGCUUGACCCUGCCGCUAAGGCGUCGGCGGUGCCGGAGCAGGUGGAGCUGUGCGUGCGCAUCGGGCUGCUGUGCGUGCAGGCCGACCCGCGGCUGCGGCCGGACAUGAAGCGCGUGGUGAUCAUCCUGUCCAAGAAGCAGAGCACGCUCGAGGAGCCGACGAGGCCGGGGAUGCCGGGGUCACGGUACCGGCGGAGGCCCCACGGCCUGCGCGGCUCGCACUACUCCGCCGGGUCGUCGUCCGGCACCAGCUCGCCGUCCACGUCCGCGACGUCGCACGCGUCAGCGUCGAACGCGAUGACGACGUCGAGCACGCACACCAUGAGGAGCCAUGGCGGCCUGCCCUCGCACCGAGAAGAGCAGGGGUAGCAGCAGCAGGGCGCGCGAGCCCAACUGUACAUUUGUCAAUUCUUCCCCUCCAUUUAUUUCGUGCUGACAUUGUAGAGCAGGUAUAGAUGGCAUGAUUGUUUUGCUAGCGGGUAGGAUCUAGUGAUUGGAUUUCAUUAGGAUACUGGUUAAGAUGAGAAUGAAACUAUUGAUCGAUCCAACCGUGGUAGAUUCAGGAAUUGUUCAUAGAAAAAUGAGGAAUUCCGUGUUUGUUCUCUCCAAA